CGCCGCCGCCGCCGCUCCGGCCCCGCUCGCGGCGCGCACGGCCCCGGCCCGCCCCGGGCUGCCCGCGCUCCGCUCGGCGGCCGCAGCAGGGCCGGCGCUGCCGGUGCCCCGGAGCCCCCCCCGCCAUGCCGCUCCGCUCCUGAGCUCGCAACCCCCGCCGCGACCGCCCCGUCGGAAGUUUUGGGGAAGGUCCUGCUAGCAAGUCAUGAUGGUUGAAUCUGCCUCGGAGACGAUACGGUCCACUCCCUCCAGCCAAAACGGGGUCAGCAGCCUCAGCAACCAGCCCGAUGGCGGCGGGGGCGGCACAGGCGGCGGCGGAGGGGGCGGAGGGCGCGAAGGAGCCGCGAGCGGGGAGACCAACGGCGAGAUGAGCCCCGUGGAGCUCCUGCACUUCCAGCAGCAGCAGGCUCUCCAGGUGGCACGCCAGUUCCUGCUGCAGCAGGCCACGGGGCUGAGCUCCCCCAGCAGCAAUGAGGGCAAGCAGCCAGCGGUGCAGGUCCCUGUGUCUGUGGCCAUGAUGUCCCCGCAGAUGAUCACGCCACAGCAAAUGCAGCAGAUCCUCUCGCCGCCCCAGCUCCAGGCCCUCCUGCAGCAGCAGCAGGCGAUAAUGCUGCAACAGUUGCAGGAAUACUACAAGAAGCAACAGGAGCAGCUUCACCUGCAGCUAUUGACACAGCAGCAAGCCGGAAAGCAGCAACCCAAAGAGCCGUUAGGGAACAAGCAGCUGGCCUUCCAGCAGCAGCUCCUGCAGAUGCAGCAGCUCCAGCAGCAGCACCUGUUAAACCUGCAGCGCCAGGGGCUGGUGAGCCUCCCGCCGGGGCAGGGCACCGUGCCCCUGCAGACCCUGCCCCAAGCUGUGUGCCCCUCGGACCUCCAGCAGCUCUGGAAGGAGGUCACGGCCGCCCAGCCUGUCGAGGACAGCAUUAAGCAAGAAGGUCUCGACCUCACCACCAACACCUCCAACUCUACCUCGUUUUCGGCCGCCAAGGUCUCGCCUCCCAUUUCCCAUCACCCUCUGCCCAAUGGACAGAGCACCAUGCACACGCCGAGAAGGGACAGCUCUUCCCACGAAGAGACCCCCAGCUCCCACCCGCUUUACGGCCACGGAGAGUGCAAGUGGCCUGGCUGCGAAACCCUCUGUGAGGACUUGGGACAGUUUGUCAAACACCUCAAUACAGAACAUGCACUUGAUGACCGAAGCACGGCCCAGUGUCGAGUCCAGAUGCAAGUGGUACAGCAGCUGGAAAUACAGCUGGCAAAGGAGAGCGAGCGUCUCCAAGCAAUGAUGGCCCAUCUUCACAUGAGACCUUCAGAGCCAAAGCCUUUCAGCCAACCUGUAAGCGUGCAUCCUCCUCCUGCCCACCUGAACCUGGUCUCCAGUGCCACCCUCUCCAAGAGCACUUCCGACACGUUCCCUGACGGCUUACCUCAUCCCCCCACCUCCGCCACGGCGCCCAUCACCCCCCUGCGGCAGGGCCCCUCCGUCAUCAGCUCUUCCACUUUACACAACGUGGGACCCAUCCGCAGGAGAAACUCGGAGAAGUUCUGCACCCCAAUAUCUUCAGAACUUGCACAGAAUCACGAGUUUUACAAAAACGCAGACGUCCGGCCGCCCUUCACGUACGCCUCGCUCAUCCGGCAGGCCAUCCUGGAGACCCCUGACAGGCAGCUAACGUUGAACGAAAUCUAUAACUGGUUCACGCGGAUGUUUGCCUACUUCCGGAGGAACACGGCCACCUGGAAGAACGCUGUCCGCCACAACCUGAGCCUGCACAAAUGCUUCGUGCGUGUGGAGAACGUCAAGGGAGCUGUCUGGACCGUCGACGAGCACGAGUACCAAAAGCGAAGGCCACCAAAGAUGACAGGGAGUCCGACUUUAGUCAAAAACAUGAUUUCGGGACUCGGUUAUGGAGCACUUAAUGCAAGUUACCAGGCUGCGCUGGCAGAGAGCAGCUUCCCACUGCUGAACAGCCCCACCAUGAUCAACACCAGCUCCGCCAGCGGCAUGCUGCACGUGGGCCACGACGACGUGAGCAGCACCGUGGAGCAGGUCAACAGCAACGGCAGCAACAGCCCGCGCCUGUCCCCGCAGCAGUACAGCCAUCCAGUGCACGUGAAGGAGGAACCCGCCGAGGCGGAGGAUGACAGCAGACCCGUCUCGCUGAUGGCCACCACCAACCAGAAUGUGACAAUUCCCGACGACAGGGACCUGGAGGAGGAGCUGCCGGUGGAAGACUUGUCCUAAGGACCCCUUCCUCCUCCCCACCGAGGGGCAAACCCUUCCCACCCUCCUGGCCGGAGACCAAGCGACGGCUCCCACCUCCCCAAGGUGACCUUCGGCGUUAACCUGUUUUUUAAAGGCACUUCCACAAAGCAAAAGGGUUUCCUUGGUGUAACCACCUGUUGCUGACGGCGCAUCCCUCCCGCUCCCCACUGCCCCGCGCUGUGGCCCCGGUGACUGACCGACCCCUGCCGCAGGGAACGUCCCGCGACACAAGAAGCAAAAACCUGAGAGCUGGACUUUUUCUCCCCUCCUCCCUUGGUUAGUGACUGGUGAACGAGGAUGGUAGGUUGUCUCUGUCCGAAAUGGUCCCUCCUUCCUUCCCUGUGCGCGGUGGGCACGGGGAAGGCACCUCCGUCCCCUCUUCCCCUGCGGUGCUCUGCUGCCCAGCGAUGCUCGAGCCUCCACCAGCGACCGCCCCAGGGAGGGAAGGCGACGGCAGGAACCCACAGUUGUCUCUCCGUCCCCCAGUGGGUUUUGCACUAGGAGGGACCGUGAACCCUGCCCACGCGCUGCCUCCACCCAGCUUUGGGGGAAGAAACAGCAGAAACGGGGGUGUCUCUGCCAUGGUCUGGACGUCAGGCUUGCACCAUUGUCUCAUGGCUGGGGAAGAAUGCGGACCGGCACGUUGGUGGGACUGUGUCCCCUUUGCCUUGUCACCUCCAGCAGGUUCCUAAACUGCCCAGCAAGCAGAGCAGCCCACCCUGGGUCAGCUGCCCUCCCCGAGUCCGCCGGUCCCCAGCACCGGGCAGCGGCGACGCAGCUCCCCGCUUCCUUCUCAACACCAGCUGCAGCGGGUGACACCUCCCAGCCGUGCAGGGAUGGCCGGCGGCCCGACAUCAACUUCAGGGAAAGGCUCCUGGUCCCCCGCGCAGCCGGUUCCUCCUCCGAAGCCGGGGCAGGGUCUCCGAGGAUGGGCAAUGGCGCAGGGAGGCUGCACCCACCGCUGCCGAGCUUCCUCCUGGGGGGCACCCGCAGAGGAGCUGGUGCGGGCAGAGCCUGGCGGUGCUCGGCCAUCCUGCUGGUAGCAAAGCCGGUGAAACCCCGUGGCGGCUGAACCUGGCCGUGGCCGGCGAGCCGAGCCUGCUGCCACCGGGGCUCCUGCUUUCAUCUUUUCUUUUUGUUAUCCUUUUGUGUGCGUGUGCGUCCAGAUGGGAAGAUACCAAAAGAUUUCUAGAGACAGAAGGUCCGUAGUUCAAGUGAACAGAUGGUAUUAAUGCCAAAAAAAAAAAUAUUAAUAAUAACGAGAACAACACAACCAAACACCCCUCUUCUCCCUGCUCUUUCUUUCUGUGGUGGUGAUGUGGGUUCCCAGCGCCGGGCUCCUCCCGGCAGGCAGCCACGGCCUCCCCGGUGCCCCAUGCUGGCCUCGGGGACCAGCACCUUCCCCGGCAAAGCCGGGCUGGCACUGGCUGUCCUGGCACGUGGUGGGGUCUUGGGGGACUUGCUGUGAUGGCCAUGGAGCUACUCUCAUUUCUGAGCCCAGCUCCGGGCUCUCCCGAAGCGACCCUGAGCGCUGCUCCGUCCCUCCCCAUCCCUGGUACCCUGGGUUGAGGCACCGGCGGUGGGGGCUGCAUCACUGCUCCAGCACAUGGCCCCUAGCCCCGUGCCGGGGUUGUGGCCUGGCACCCCCGGCAGCUGCGUUUUGGGUUGAAAAUGCAACACACAUCUGUGGGUUGGGGGCGGAUGGUGCUUGUUUGUCCCUGUGUAUCACCUCUGUGACAUCCCCAAGGGGCUCUUGGCCCUGUGGCAUGUGUCCCUGGGGCGAGCCUGUACCUUGGAUCAUCCUUUUUGCUGCCUGUUGCAUCCUCAAUACCCAGGUGGCUGCAGAGAUGGGGGUCCCUGGCUCCCCCCCCACUGCAGCCAUCAGUGAGGCUGAGCAAACCCCCCUGGCCUCGUUCCCCGUGUGCCACCACGGCACCAUCCGGGGGAUGCCGAGACUCUCGGGCAGCGGCAGCUGCCUGGGGGGGGGAGGCAGAGCCCAGUGGGGCUGUUAACAGGGGCCACCAGCAUCCCCCCAGCUGGUGUUGCAGAGGAGGCAGUUUCCCCUCCCUAAAACCCCAGAAAACCCUUCAAAACGUGCCCUGCCCAGCCCCACGCGUGGGCGGCCGCCGCGGUGCGUGGGUGCUCGCCGCGCGGUGCCGAGCCGUGCCGAGCCGGCCUUCGCUAGGUGUCUCCACUCGACCCGUGUUUCUCCCCGCGCCGCAGCCUCGCUCGCUCCCUCGCUGCUGCCGAAAUACCCGGGCGAGGAGGUUUGCCAGGCCGCCGGCUUCCCCUCGCCCUCCGGCCUCUCCUGGCUCGUCCCCGCUGCCGCCGGCUCCCAACCGGGCUUUGCCGGACACCAAAGACCCUGCCCGGGCUGGGGGGCACGAACCAAACCCCAUCUCUUGCAGUGUGGGUGCAGCCCCGUCCCCCCAGUACCUCCAAAGGACCUGCGAGGCCGGAGGUGCCACGUAUUUUCCCCAACUUACUUUGUUUUUUUCUUUCAGUCUUUUGGUUUUAAGUUAUUGUUUUAAACAAGUUUACAGCUGCCACGGGUGGGUGUUGCUGGAGGGGGGGGGCUGGCGUCACGUAUUGCUGCUUCGCUUGUGCAAAGGAGCAGGGCAGGGUGGAUGGGGUGGAUGUUGGGGUGCAGCCCCCAGCCCCCCCUCCGCUGCUGCUCGGCCGUGGUUCAUCGUUGGCAGGGGGAUCACCUGCCUCCAUCCAGGCUUUUGGGUUUUUGGUUGGCAUCGCCCUGGUGGGGGGGCAAAUCGUGCUUCUUUAUGGCAGCGCCAGCACCCAGCGUCACCCCUCUGUGCCACCCCUUGGUGUCACCCCUCGUGCUGCUCCAGCGUGCCUGGGACACCCCAGUGUCCCCGGGGAGGGAAUGACCUGGCCUUGUACUGGUGUAAUUCAUCCUUUCCACAGAGAAGGGGGGAUUUGCAGCCCGGUGCGUGCGGGCACGGCUGGUGCCGCAGGCGCUCGGGAGCUUGCAUGGGUGCGGGGAGGCAUUGCAGCCGAGGGUGGUGGGUGCUGCCGGCCUCGGCUCCCACCCACCACCGGGGGUGUUUUGCUGGUGGGUCCUUCCCUGCACCCACGGGGCCGUGUGUGGGUUCAGACCCCCUCACUGUUUUUCUGUGGGGUGUUUCAGUAGCGGCUCCCCUUCGCCUGCUCUUCCUGGGUCCUUUCCCUUCCUCGUGCUCUUCAAAUUUAAUUUUUUAGCAGCUGUUAUUUUGCGUACAGUUGGGGCAAAAUCCAAGGCGGUCGAAGCACAAAGCACACCUGGCAUUGGCGGGCCCUCCAGCACCUGCUGCAGUUCCUCCUCGGGGUGGUUUUUUCUUAAGCUUUUUGAGAGGUACAGACACCCCUGAAAUGCCUCCCAGAGCCAGGGCGAGCGCGUGCCUCCAGGUCCCCUCGGGUCCAGCCAAAGCCCCCGUACCCUCACGCUAUCAACCCCGGGCUCUGCGAGGACAACCUGGCGCCUUCCCCCCCGCGCCAUGUAUUCCUGUAGGUCGUUAGGCGCCAUCCUGGCUCCAAAGAGCACUAUAUAUAUAUAUUAUAUAUAUAUAAAUAAAUAUAUAAAUAUAAAGGAGUUUUUUUCUUUAAACAUGUGCACAGGUUUGGAAAGUCCUGUGGCUCCAGGUGAUGCCUCUUCCCCGGCCGUUGCUGAAACGGGAAUCACGGUGGGUGAUUUCACGGGAAACGUGCCCGGUUUGAUACUCAGGGGUAAAUCUAAUUCAUUCUCUUACCCCCCACCCAGCCCGGCCGCCUCUGCAGGGUCCCGUCCCAACCCAGGCACCGUGUCCCCUCCCAGCCUCGCCCACCCCCCUUGCCCCUCCGGUUUAUUUUUUCGCUGGUUUGAAUUUUACAAAAUUCUGCGUGUCUUACCUCAAACACACACCGGAGGUGGGGAGGGGAGAGAAGGAAGGCUAAAGGACCAAACGCAACGUGUGGCAGAAUUGUAUGUCUGUAUAUAUUGAGAUAUAUAUAUACUGGGUAUAAACCUACCAACAGGAAUUGUUCUUUUUGCUUUUUUUUCCUGGAUAUUUUGUUUAAUUCCUGUUUCUUUGCCCCCUGGGGCAGUUCUGCGAGGGGAAGGUGUGGGCACCUCACUGUAAGUGAAGACAUUUUUUCUGGUAUCUCCCGCUGAAGGAAUUACUCAGUUUUCCAUGUUUUUCUUAUUUUUUUUCCCGCUGUAUGCCAAGAAUGUGUAGAGCCGGGAGGGGGUUGGAAACCGGUGCUCGAAGGGGAGGGGUGCUGGUAGUACUGGGGGGCUGCUGGGGAGGCCAGCAGAGGCGAAGGGAAAGCUGCAGCUGAACCUGCGUUAAACCAAAGGGUUUCUUUGCUUUGUUUACACUCCUGGCCAGCCUCACUGCCCAAGAGGAUCUCCCUGAUCUAGGUUUUUGUUCUGGAAGUGCUGGGGAAGGUAGGGACGGGCCAGAGCCGGAGCCUGGGGACCCUCCACUCCCCGGAGGUGCCCACGGUAGCCCUGGGGGAGCCCAGGUGUGUGCCCAGGCCAGGGGCAUCCCCAUCCCCUGGCUGCUCCGGAGAAGUGCCAGCCCUGGCACAACCCCUUUUUUCCCCCCCCUUUUUUCCAUCCUCUUUGGCGCUGGGUGGGAAGGUGAUGCUGGGGAGGUGGGACGAGGUCCGAGGGGGCUGGAGGGUGGAGGGGAGGGAGGAUGUGUAUAAAGUGACCCUUUCUCUCCCGCCGCCGCCUUUGCUGCCGCAUCCCUCGUGCUGUAUAAAGGAAAUAGCAUUGCUGUGUAUUUGUACUCUGAACUUCCGUGUGUCUGCAUUGGCAGACGGUAAACCCUUGUACAGUAGAUCUAGCUGCAUGUAAUCUGUAUGGACAAUGGCAUUAUAAAAUGCAAUAAAAUAAAUUACCUAUCA